CCUUCAAAAUAAUAAAAAGGGCUCUUUCCAGCCCCUUUUGCAAGUUCACCUCUGAUAGCCCCAGAAGCAGGGUAACUUUGUGUGCCUGGCGACCCUGCUAAAAUACCUCCCUGCUGCCCUCCUGCUUUUGAUCCAGUUGUGUCGUACCUGGGGAGGAGGGAACACUCUUUUUAGAGGAAUGAAUGCUGAUACUUGUGUUUCUUAUUGUGAUCCGGCUGCCAUGGAUUCCUACUACAACGCAGCCUCCCAGGGCACAGAAGGCUCCUCGCCUUUUAGGGCAUUUCAAGCAAGUGACAAGUUCAGCCCUGCUUUCCUGGCCAGCAAAGGACAAGGCUUUGGUGACAGCAGCGCUAAGUGCCGGGGCCGCUACAGCCAGCAGGAAUGUCAGUCGCUGGACGGCAGCGUGCAGGCGCCCAGCUCCGCCGCGGCUCCAGCCUCCUUUAGCAAGUACCCGCCGCCGCCGCAGCACCUCUACAUGCAGCGAGGCCCCUGCAAAACCCCCCCGGAGAGCAACCUCAAGCUGCAGGAGAGCAGCGGCCACAACGGCGCCCUGCAGGUCCCCUGCUACGGUAAAGAGAGCAGUUUGGGAGAGGCCGACUUGCAGUCAAGCUCUGACCCUUCGGGAAUGGACAGCAGCUACCUCAGUGUGAAGGAGGCCGGGGUGAAAGUCCCCCAGGACAGGGCCAGCACUGACCUCCCCAGCCCCAUGGACAAGGCUGACUCAGAGAGCAACAAGGGCAAAAAGCGGAGGAACCGCACCACCUUCACUAGUUACCAGCUGGAGGAACUGGAGAAGGUCUUCCAGAAGACCCACUACCCAGAUGUCUAUGCCAGGGAGCAGCUAGCCAUGAGGACAGACCUCACUGAGGCUCGAGUACAGGUCUGGUUUCAGAACCGGCGAGCCAAGUGGCGCAAGCGGGAGCGGUUCGGCCAGAUGCAGCAGGUCCGCACCCACUUCUCCACGGCCUACGAGCUGCCCCUGCUCACCCGUGCCGAGAACUACGCCCAGAUCCAGAACCCCUCCUGGAUUGGCAACAACGGCGCUGCCUCCCCCGUGCCCGCCUGCGUGGUCCCCUGCGACACGGUGCCCUCCUGCAUGUCCCCCCACGCUCACCCCCACGCGGCCGGCGGCGUCUCCGACUUCCUCAGCGUCUCCGGCCCCGGCAGCCACGUGGGACAGACUCACAUGGGCAGCCUCUUCGGCACGGCUGGCAUCAGCCCGGGCCUCAACGGCUACGAGCUGAACAGCGAGCCAGACCGCAAGACCUCCAGCAUCGCUGCCCUGAGGAUGAAGGCAAAGGAGCACAGCGCCGCUAUCUCCUGGGCGACAUGACAGGGUUGCAACCCAGCGCCCUCAAGACACGGAGCGAGCAAACGAGGACAGCCGAAAAAAAUCCAUCCGCUUGGACUCCAGACAGCCAUUUCCUCCUUGGGGAUCUGAAUGCAGCACUUUUAGCUACCCUAGGUAUAUAAAGUACAUAUGUUAACGUAAGUGGAGUGUUUCCAGCACGAACACAGGGACCGCGCAGCUUCCUGGGAUCAGGCAGGGAAAGGGAAGUUGUGGAGCAGCAGCUCUCCCAGUGAGGCUUGGUUCGGGAUGUGUCCCCCGUCACCAUCACCUUUCCAGUGACCUGGGCAUUUUUUCUCCCCGCUCCUUUUUUCUGACACCAGAUCUGCCUUUCCAAGCAGCAAAAGCCAGCUGGCAUUUUUAGGGGUCUCCCCCGUGCCCCCCGCCAGGCGCGCACACACACACACACACACACUCAAACACACACACACACGCAUGCGCGCGCACAUCUUCCCCUCCCAGCCUGUCAGCAGCGUUGCUCGGCUCUGCCCGCGACAGGGGAUGGGAUGGGGACUCUUGCACCAGCAAAGAGACACUGCCCUGGCUGCUCCCGUCUGCUGGGCGGGAGGCUUGGCUUCCCACGGCUGAACGGGACAGGGCUGGGGCGAUGGCCGAGGCUGGAUGAAGGCGACAUUGCUCUGUCUCCUUCUGCCCUGCCUCCUCUCCGUUUCGCACAGUCUUAGAUGAAGCAAGAAGCCGUAGAGGCCCUAAGGACGCGAAGCAAGGCCGCUUUCCCUACCACGCAUGGUGCUACCACGGUGUGAGCCUUUGUCACCUCUCCGGUGCCGCAGUCUGAGCUAGGCAAUGACCCUGGGGGGUGACGACUUCCCAGCCUGCUUUCAGGUGACACCGCAGUGAGCGCCCCAGGUUCACUUUGCUCAGGCCACAGUCAGUGCGUGGUGGGGCAGGGAAACGCUCCCUCUGGCUUUUACUGAGUCAGGAAUUACUGUCCCCGUUUAGAGCCAGACCCCGUGGGAGGACAGCGCUGUGCAAAUCCGCAGGUCCCCAGAGAGGCAGAGCCCCCCAAGGAGCAGCCCACAGCUGGGCUUGCACGAGGCCACCGAAUCCCUCGUGCACCUUGUCCUGGGGUCCAGGUAUCUGUAACCUGCCCUUCCCACCGCCCUCAGCGCCAGGCUCCACCAUGAACAGCCCCUGUGGGCACUGCUGUGUGAGGGACAGGCUGGGCAGAGACCCAAGGCUGGAAAGAAGGUGACAUUGUCCCACCUCCUGCCCCCUUGGGUCCUCCAGGAGGAUCCAAGAUCCACACGAGCGCAGGAAACCCAAGAACUGGCCUGGCUUGUCUGAGUCCACAUCCCUCCCCGAGCGUCCCUCCGAGGGCUCUUACCUCCCCAGCACGUACUAACCGCUGGGUGAGAUCUCCUUUGCCAGGCUAAUUAUCUUCCAAGCUUUUCAGCGAUCUCAUAGAGCCAGGAUAAUUUCAGGAUUUCCUCUUAGUUCACUGAACUAUCACUAAGGACAGGCUGAAGGUCAUUUGAGCACCAGCACCCACACAGCCUAGAAAGGGGAUGACAAGAUUUUAAUCCCAUAAAAAAAAAGUGUGUCACCUUGCCCUCCCCCCUCAAGCUCAGUACUGGGGGACCUUGGAGUCCAAGGUCCAAGAAAAUAUAGAGUGGCCUUAGAAAAGGCUUCAAAUAAGCUACAACCAAAUAGCAGGUUUCAGGUUACUGUAUACAGUAUAAAAGUAUUUCUAUAGUACCUAGACAUUGCCAUGCGCUAGAUAAAUGAUACAUCAUUGCUAGAUAAUAUGUAAUAUAUAUAUUUAUUGGUGUAAGCAAAGACCAGUAGUACUGUCUCUUUUCUCUCCUGAAAAAUGCUGAGAGACACCUUGCUCGGCCCUCACAGGAAGUCAGCGUGCAUUUCACCAUGCGUAAGAACAGGGCUGCUCCCAUCAGGAGCUGGCAUGACUUAUGUCCAACCUAAACGUUUAGCUGAGUAAUUGGGUGUGAUGUUUUAGGUGCUGAAAAUGAUGCUGACCACUGUAUCGCACAGCAUCACUGUCUAAACCUCUGGGUUUUUUUGGAUGCAAUGACAGCAACGUUAGUUUAAAUUGCAUUUAAACAACAACCUCUUCCUUACCUCCAUAAGCAGCCCAAACUUCCUUCUGCUAGAAAAAGCCCUUUUUGGUGAACUGAAGCACGCGUUGGCCUUGCUCAGUCUAUUUCAAACAUCCCCCCACGUGCCCGGCCCUGAGCCAGCCCGAGUGCAUCGCGGGGUGAGCGGGGACUUCGUUUCCAAGAGCCCCCCGCCGCCAGCAGCACGCGGGCGCCCCAGCUCGCCUGGCCUCGCGCCCUCGCCGGCGCCGCUGCCGCCUGCCCCACAGCUGCCAUCGGGACCUGCGCCAUGGGGCCCACUGGAAGGCACUGCUGCCAAGGCCUCCGAGAGCAGCUGGUCAGGCAGCUUUUAAGCUGCGUGCAUCUGUAUUCACACAGCCUUAUUACUUUUUAAUUAAUUAAAAAGUUUUUUAAACUAGCCAUUAAAUUAACAAGACAAACUCUAUAAACAUAUAUAUAUAUCUAUCUAUCUCAAUCUUAAUCUAGCCAACCUGUGGUUACUGCAUUUCUCAAGGGUCACAGGGUCAGUGCCAUUCCUGCAAUCUCGAGUCACCGGUGAUGCCUUUUUUAAUUAUUACUAUUAUUUUAAUAACUUUCAUCUCUAUUUAUGACUUUUUUUUUCUUUUGCUAUUUAUUUCUUAGUCAGCGUUUUACUCCCGUCCACACGUGGACUCGCGCUUCCCUGGCCCAGACUCCCCUGGAAGCUGCGAGCCUCCCCGCGGCCAGCGCCACAGCGCCCAGCGAGCCCCAGGUUUCGCCGGUGGCAGCGCUUCGGGGCGGGGGGCCAGUUUCCCGGCUCGGCCCAGCACGCCCGGCCGGCAGCGCCUUGGCAAACACUCCGCAAACAAGCAAAGCCCAAAAGAUAGCUUCAUGCAAAGGGGGUUCAAAAAUAAUCAAGCGGACGCAGAGACCCGUGUUUAUUUUGCUGCUCUGACUGACACAGCCAAAAGCAAACAGGCUGAAUUAGAAAUGAAACCCAAAUGGGCACGGGGGCAGAUCCAGACUGAAAGUCAUGGAGCCGGUUUCGGCGGUACUCACGGUGCUGCAGGAGGCGGCCGAGCCCCCUUGCACCCUGCUAACUCUUUGCUGGUAACACGAUCAUCCACUCGCCCCGAAUAGCUAGGUAGGUAGGUAGAGCUAGGACUUCUAUACUACUGAUUUUGAAGGACAGUUUUCAAUGUAUAAUAAUAUAUCAGUUUAGGUGUGCAGUGUUUGAAAGAGAGACUGGGAGAAAGAAAGAAAACGAACCUCAAUCAAUAUUAUUGUUUUUGUUGUAAAAUAUUGUAACCUUGUAUAAACGCAAACAUUUUUUUUCUUUAGCUUAAUGGCCUGGGGUAGAACAUAUUAAAAAAAAAGUUUUAAAAAGUUCAGGAAAAAAAAAGAAUAAAAACAUUAUUAAAAAUGUUGCCAUGUGAGGUUUUGUGCCAUGCAAUGUUAAUGCCUAUGCAGCCAUGUAUUACCAGCUCAUUACAGUGGAAUAUUAAAGAAGAACAAACAGUC